AUGUCGAAGCUGGGUGACUACGCCGCCGUCAAGAAAGACAUUCUUGCUGUGCUUAAGCAGCCCGAGUACGAUGACGGCUCCGCUGGUCCCGUUCUCGUCCGCCUUGCAUGGCAUGCAAGUGGCACUUACUGUGCGCGCACCGACACAGGUGGAUCCAACGGCGCUGGCAUGCGCUACGAAGCAGAAGGUGGUGAUCCAGCCAACGCCGGUCUUCAGCAUGCCCGCGUCUUCCUGGAACCCAUCAAGGAGAAGCACUCUUGGAUUACCUACGCCGAUCUCUGGACGCUUGCUGGUGUAGUUGCUAUCGAGGCGAUGGGCGGUCCUUCGAUUCAAUGGAAGCCUGGACGCACCGAUUUUGCCGACGACUCUCGCUUGCCACCCCGCGGUCGUCUGCCCGACGGCGCUCAGGGUGCCGACCACCUCCGAUUUAUUUUCAACCGCAUGGGCUUCAACGACCAGGAGAUUGUUGCCCUCUCUGGCGCACACAACCUUGGCCGAUGCCAUUCUGACCGUUCCGGCUUUGAGGGUCCCUGGGUCAACUCGCCAACCCGUUUCUCGAACCAAUACUACAAGCUGCUGCUCAAGCUCAAGUGGCAACCAAAGAAGUGGGAUGGGCCCUUCCAGUACGUUGCCAAGGCACCGGGAGCUGACGACGACGACGAACAGCUCAUGAUGCUCCCCACCGACUACGCGCUCAUCCAGGACGAAAAGAUGCGCCCUUGGGUUGAAAAGUACGCAGAGGACCGAGAUGCCUUUUUCAACGAUUUUGCUAAAGUGUUCGCUAAGCUCAUCGAGUUGGGCGUUUACCGCGAUGAGUCGGGCAUCGCGAGAGCAGACAAGAUGAAACAGUUCAAGGGAGAGUACAAGUCAGCUCCGCAAAAGUCGCCUGUUCCGGGCGCACCGGGGGCAGGCAAGGACGGAGAGGCCAACCCGCUGGCACGUCAAAAUGAAAGGGCUCACGGACAGGCGCAGCACGCCCUCGCCAAGCUUUAA